CCAGAGGCUGUAGCAUCUCCUUCAUCUCCUCCACUGCCCAAGCAAAUUAAGCUGGACGCAGAAGCAUCCUUCCAUACUCUCUAUGUAAUCUCUAUGUGAUUGGAAGUGGAGAUUCCACUGUCUGAAAGAGACCGAACUCCUGUCACACCAUGGUGGAUGUGAAGUGUCUGAGUGACUAUGAAUUACAGCAUGAACUUAAUAAGCUUGGAUUUUCACCUGGACCAAUACUACCUUCCACCAGAAAAGUGUAUGAAAAAAAGUUGGUGCAACUGUUGGUCUCACCUCCCUGUGCAUCACCUGUGAUGAAUGGACCUGAGGAGCUGGACGGAGCUCAGGAUGAUGACGACAGUGAAGAGCUUAAUGCCACUAUCAUUUUGAAAGGAAAUACCAUUCUCUCAUCAGAAAAAAACAAGGGACCCAAAAAAGUGUUGUUUAUGUGCAUAUGCUGGAGACCCGAGACUUCCAUCACUAAACAAAAAGCCCUAGAUAUCUACUGCCUGGCUUGUAAGACUUCUGAGAGAAUAAGGUUACCUUCAAGAGCAUCAGACACCCGAUUCAAAGGACGGAGUAGCACCCGAGAGACAGACUACUGCCCCGUGAACAGGAGUUUUGAGUGUGGGAACCUAGAAAUUCUUCCAGUGGGCUUGAAGCUUGCUAUGUUUGGCAUCUUCAUCAUUGUGAUCUUUGUCUACAUAACGGUGGAAAGGAAGCCGUUCUUUGGCUAAGUGCUUUAGGAAGUAACCGGGUGCAGGAGAGAACAGAAAGACUGCUCCGAAGGGGGAUGCCCAGCCCCAUAGCUUCCCACUAUGCUGCUCUCACAAAUCCGUACCCAGCUCAUAAUCUCAAAGCCGAAGGGCCUUACGCACUGUCUAGUUCACCACUCGUGCUUCAAGAUAAGGAAAUAGGCCAGGGCGGUAGAGGGGAAUGAACAAAAGUCAUAAUGACCUGAAACCAGCAUCCAUGGUGGCAGGAGCGAGGGAGAGAACGACGCACUCUUGUCCAAGAGCUUGAGGACAGGGAACUCCCUGAGGCAUGCUGGCCAUCAUUAAAAACGCUGCCACAUUUGAGCAUACUUCUGAAAAGAAAACCACGCCUGGUGUUUUUUCUUUUGAACUGCGGUGCUAAGCCCAUAGGUCCCACUUUAUUCACUCUUCCAAUGGUAGAGUCGACUAUGCGAAAGGCCACAACACAACAGACUUCCAACUAUUUCCAGCAGUUCUUCCCUGCAUUUGCAUCUUCUGGCUGUAAUCUUCUGGAGGUUGGAAUGUUGUGGAAGGUCAUCGAGAAGAUGUGACAGCCAGUUGAUGCGUGAGCUGGAUCCGG